AUGACAGCUAGCGGCAUUCCGCAAGCUCCCUUCAUCGAAGAUGUAGAGAAGCAUCUCGGUGGGCCGGAAGAGGAUGCUGGACCUCACCUCGAGAAGUUCUCGGAGGCCAUGCAAAAGUACAAGGUGAUGGAGGAGAAGACGUUCAGAAGGAGACAAGCGAUGGAGGAAAAAAUACCUGAUAUCAAAAAGACCCUCGCGAUGGUCAAGCAGCUGCAAGCAUACAAAGUGCUGUCACUCGCGGCUGACGCUUCGCAACAUAACCACGUCGCGCUACAGGAACAGCGCAAGACGAUGAGCACGCACUUCGAGCUGGCAGACACCUUGUUUGCGCACGCUUCCAUCGAGCCUGUAGAGGAGGUGAAUCUGUGGCUAGGCGCCAACGUUAUGCUCGCGUACCCGCUCGAAGAGGCUGUGGCCCUUCUCACUGCCAAUCUGCUUGGCGCAGAAAAAAGUUUGGAAAACAUUUUGGGCGAUCUGGACUUUUUGCGCGAUCAAAUUACAACUAUGGAGGUCAACACUGCGCGCGUACACAAUUGGGAUGUCAAGAGGCGAAGGGAAUUGUGA